CUGCCGCCGCCUCUUUGUUCCCGAAGGAGAAGGUGACCAAACUGCCAGCCACGCUUCUCAGUUGUUCACUGACACCACACCGUCUGAGAGAGAGCAAGUCCCCAACCCCCUUCUCUUCCGGUCACGUCUCUCCAGAGAAGACCGUGCACAGUGGGCCAAGCCACUCCUUACAAUUGGCUAGCAAGCUGCUGUCAAUAAUUCCGGGUUAUAUCCUGUGUUGUGACCUCAUGGUUUAAGUGGGAAUAAAGAUGAGUAUAAGCAGUGAUGAGGUCAACUUCUUGGUAUAUAGGUACUUGCAAGAGUCAGGAUUUUCUCAUUCCGCAUUUACCUUUGGUAUAGAGAGCCAUAUAAGUCAGUCCAAUAUAAAUGGUGCCCUUGUCCCACCUGCUGCAUUGAUCUCCAUCAUCCAAAAAGGCCUACAGUAUGUAGAAGCAGAAGUUAGCAUAAAUGAGGAUGGCACCUUAUUUGAUGGCCGACCCAUUGAGUCUCUGUCCCUGAUAGAUGCUGUUAUGCCUGAUGUUGUCCAAACAAGACAACAAGCCUAUAGAGACAAGCUUGCACAGCAGCAUGCGGCCGCCGCUGCAGCCGCCGCCGCAGCCACUAACCAGCAAGGAUCUGCAAAAAAUGGAGAGAACACAGCAAAUGGGGAGGAGAAUGGAGCACAUACCAUCACAAAUAAUCACACCGACAUGAUGGAAGUAGAUGGGGAUGUUGAAAUCCCUCCCAAUAAAGCAGUUGUGCUUCGGGGCCAUGAAUCUGAAGUUUUCAUCUGUGCCUGGAACCCUGUUAGUGAUCUCCUGGCAUCAGGGUCUGGAGACUCCACAGCAAGAAUAUGGAAUCUCAGUGAGAACAGCACAAGUGGUCCCACGCAGCUGGUGCUCAGACACUGCAUACGGGAAGGAGGGCAGGAUGUUCCCAGCAACAAGGAUGUCACUUCUCUAGACUGGAAUAGUGAAGGUACACUUCUAGCAACUGGGUCAUAUGAUGGAUUUGCCAGAAUAUGGACUAAAGAUGGUAAUCUUGCCAGCACCUUGGGGCAGCAUAAAGGCCCUAUAUUUGCAUUAAAAUGGAAUAAGAAAGGAAAUUUCAUCCUAAGUGCUGGCGUAGAUAAGACUACCAUUAUUUGGGAUGCACACACUGGUGAAGCUAAGCAGCAGUUUCCUUUCCAUUCAGCCCCAGCACUGGAUGUUGACUGGCAGAGCAACAACACCUUUGCGUCUUGUAGUACAGAUAUGUGCAUUCAUGUCUGCAAGUUAGGACAAGACAGACCUAUCAAAACAUUCCAGGGACACACGAAUGAAGUAAACGCUAUCAAAUGGGACCCAACUGGCAAUCUUCUGGCCUCGUGUUCUGAUGACAUGACCUUGAAGAUUUGGAGUAUGAAGCAAGAUAACUGUGUCCAUGAUUUGCAAGCACAUAAUAAAGAAAUUUAUACUAUUAAAUGGAGUCCAACAGGACCAGGGACAAAUAAUCCAAAUGCCAACCUUAUGCUAGCAAGUGCAUCCUUUGAUUCUACAGUUAGGUUAUGGGACGUAGACCGAGGGAUUUGCAUCCACACUUUGACAAAACACCAAGAGCCCGUGUACAGUGUGGCUUUCAGUCCUGAUGGCAGAUAUCUGGCAAGCGGUUCUUUUGACAAGUGUGUGCACAUCUGGAACACACAGACAGGUGCUCUAGUUCACAGUUACAGGGGAACAGGUGGGAUUUUUGAAGUUUGCUGGAACGCAGCAGGAGACAAAGUUGGAGCCAGUGCAUCAGAUGGUUCAGUUUGUGUCUUAGACCUUCGGAAAUAGCGUUACUGGUUGGAAGCCAUGGACCGACUAUGAAUGUGUACAUAGCCACAAGACUAUCCCUGACCCACGUACUGCUAUAGUCCCACUUGAACCAUGGCCAGUCCACUACAGCCAAAUCUAAGAAAAAUAUAUACAUGCAGUGUAUGUGAACACAGCUGUACCCUGAAGAGGACAGUCUCAUCCCAGCUUGUGAAUUCUGCUCACCAAGUGCUGGGAUCUAACCUGCUGUGCCCCUAAGUAGCAUUUAGAAGUUUGGAUAUGAAAAGCAGAAGAGAUGGAAUAUGCGUUAUAAGAGCAAACCACACAUGUCCCAGUUUUGGAUAUUAAUGACAGCCUUGUUUCUCCCCUUUAAAUCAGCAGACACCAUGGAUUAUAUUCUUUUCCCCCUUCAAUAGUGCGCAGUUUGUAUGUACAGAGAACAUGGACUUAACAAAAACUCGAGGCAGUAGUUUGUUCUUGCUUUCAAGUUUGUUUUGGUUUAGAUUAUGGAUGCAUGAAGUAAGGGAGUGAAUCAUUUUCUUGCUUUUAUUUUUCCUCACCUUUUAAAGAAACAAAAAAAAAAUAUUUUAACUGCAUUCUUUGGAAAAGGUAGAUGUUUGGUACAUUUUAUGGCUCCCAGAGCAUAUAUUCAGUUGGUGCAUAUUGUAGAGGAGUUGGAAUUAAAGGAAACCACAUGACUCUUGUCAUGUUAUUCUCUAAGACACAUCAGCAAAGGGUAUUAUGUUAUCUUUGUUUUGGGCUUUUUGUUUUUGUUCUUUUCGUGUGUGUGUGUGUGUGUGUG